AUGUCACUCACACUUAUCCUCACCACUUGCGUGGCCACAUUCCUCUUCUUUUACGUGGCUGCCAAGAAUAAGUUCUUUGAAAAAUUGUUUGCUUCACAAUUUGUGUUUGAUCCGAAGGAAUUGGACAAGAUUGUGAAAAGUGCUGUCAAAAAGUACCCAGAUAAUUUCAAAGUUGACCAAGUUGGAGAAAUGAAGAUAAAUCACUCUGAUGAAACAACAGUUUGUACAUUGAAAUAUGAUGGUUGCAAAGAAAGAAAAUGGACACGAGAAACUCCUGAUAUGGAUGGAAAGUUUAAUGAGCCUGCUGAGAAUCCAAAUGCAAUUUUCGAGUUGAGAUGUGAGGAAAUUUUGAGACAAUUACAUGAAAAGUAUCCAAAAUAUUGUGCAGACAUGAAGAGUAUGGACUUUUUUGAUUCGAAAAAGAUGAAGGAACAAUGGAUGUUUAAUAUGUGUGGAGGAGCUCUUGGACAAAUUGCAAUUUUCCACUUUUCCUUUACUGAAUAUAUUUUGCUUUAUGGAUCACCUGUUGGAGCUGGAGGAUUUUCAGGAAGAUACAUGAUGGAUGUUUAUGAUUAUAUAAUUUCAGGACAUCACGAAACUUAUACACCAGGUAAUAUUAGAGGAUUGCAUUAUACACCAGGUGAUAUGACAUUCUUGCCAAGAUUUGAAGCUUGUACAUACAGAUCUCAACCUCAUACUUACAUGAUGGAAUAUGGACGAGGUUUCCCUGGUGUUAUUGGUGGAGCCAUGUAUCCUUUCGUUUCUGCACUUUUUACAACAUUGGAUUUUUAUUCAUUCUAUCAUCAAAUUAAGGUUGUGGCAGGUCACAUGUAUAAGAAUUGGAUUAUCAAUAGAAAGUUUUAA